CCGCCCCCCGGAGCGCGCGCGCGCGGCGUGGCGGGAAUUUCGCCUGGUUUGGGAUUCAGGUCCCACGGACGCCCGCUCGGGGAUCGGGACCGCCCACGGCGGAUCUCGGGGGCUGACAGUGUGAGCAGGUACGGACGUGCGCCGAACACGGGGCGCCCCGCUUGACCCAGAGCCCGGAUCGUGCCGGUCGCUGCCGAGUGCGGACUGGGCUGGCCUUGCCUUCCCGGCUGGAGGACCGAACGUAGGCGCCGGGCCCCGCAGAGCCUCCCCGGGAGUCGCCAGGGCGCUUUCCUGCGGCGCUGCAGACAGACUGGCCUGAUGCACGUCAGCAACUUCACGGAGGGCACAGGACAUGAAGUAAACCAUGGAUGACUGUUCCUCGGCUACGACAUUCCUAACCGACAGCUUGGAGCUGGAGCUGGGGACAGAAUGGUGCAAACCCCCGUGCUUUUCUUGUGCUUUUGACAACAGAGGAGGAGGAAAACACUUUUCUGGAGAGUCGUACCUUUCCAGCGGAGCCCUUAAGCGAUUAAUUUUGAAUCUUGAUCCUUUACCAACUAAUUUCGAAGAGGAUACAGUGGAAAUAUUUGGCAUCCAGUGGGUGACUGAAACAGCAUUAGUGAAUUCAUUUAGAGUUCUCUUUCAUUUAUUCAGGCAGCAGCUAUACAACUUGGAAACUUUACUACAGGCGAACUGUGAUUUUGGACAGAUAUCAAGCCUGCACUGCAAGGCAGACAAUAUCAGGCAGCAGUGUGUAACAUUUCUUCAUUAUGUUAAAGUUUUCAUCUUCAGGUCCUUGAAAGUACAGAGUGCUGAGAGUCAUGUUCCUGUUCAUCCCUAUGAGGCUUUAGAGGCACAGCUUCCCUCAGUAUUGAUUGAUGAACUUCGUGGGUUACUCUUGUAUAUUGGACAUCUGUCUGAACUUCCCAGUGUUAAUCUAGGAGCAUUUGCAAAUCAAAAUCAGAUUAAGCUUUUUCCACCAUCAUGGCAUUUAUUACAUCUCCACUUGGAUAUCCAUUGGCUGGUGCUAGAAAUUCUUCACAUGCUUGGUGAAAAAUUGAAACAAGUUGUAUAUAGCCAUCAGUUUAUGAAUCUGGCAGGUGACAAUUUAACCAAUGUCAGCCUAUUUGAAGAACAUUGUGAAAAUCUCCUUUGUGAUUUAAUAAACCUGUCACUCAGCAGGUAUGAUAAGUCCUUUUGGAAUUCGUUGAAUAAACUACUUAAAACACUCUUUGAAACACCAAGUGAUGGAGGACGUCGUUCUGUGCCUGUAAUCCGACCCAGGGAUCCAUUAGGUUUUAGCUGGUGGAUUAUUACUUGUGUAGCAUCAUUUUACCAGUUUGAUCGCCAUGGAGCACCAGAUGAAAUGAGACAAAUGAAAUCAAAUUGGAACUUUGUAGAAGAAGUGCUGAAAAAGUCUGUCAGUAUUCAGGAUUGUGUACCAGAAGAGCAAUUACGAAUGUAUCUUCACUGUUGUUUGACACUUUGUGAUUUCUGGGAGCCAAACAUUACAAUUGUCACCAUUCUAUGGGAAUACUAUAGUAAGAAUUUGAAUAGUUCAUUCAGUAUUUCUUGGCUGCCUUUAAAAGGUCUUGGAAAUGUCAUUAAGUCACCGUUGUCUAUGCUAGAAAUGGUGAAGACCUGCUGUUGUGAUAAACAAGAUCAUGACCUUUAUAAAUCCAGCAGUAGCUACACCAUUUUCCUUUGCAUUUUGGCAAAAGUUGUUAAGAAAGCAAUGAAGAACAAUGGUCCUCAUCCUUGGAAACAAGUCAAAGGAAGAAUAUAUUCUAAAUUCCACCGAAAAAGAAUGGAAGAACUAACUGAAGUUGGUCUGCAGAACUUUUUCAGCCUUUUUCUGCUGUUAGCAGCUGUUGCAGAGGUGGAAGACGUGGCAAGUCAUGUUUUAGGCCUCCUGAAUUUCCUCACGCCUUCCCUUGCAACAUCUUCUCUCACUUGGAAAGCUCAGGUGGCUUUCCUCCUGAUGUAUACCCAGAAAAAUCUGGACAUUGGUGUUUUGGCUGAGAAAUUUUCAGGUGCUUUCCUGGAGAAAGCAAAGGAGUUCUUGGUGUCUAAAAAUGAUGAUACAGGGCAAAGACAGUCUCUGUGGACGCUUCUGUCCAUCUAUAUUGAUGGUGUUCAAGACAUGUUUGAGACCAGCCACUGCUCGCAUCCUCCCCAUGAAAAGCUGCUUAAUGAUGGCUUCAGUGUGCUGCUUCGGGCCUGUCAGGGAUCCGAGCUCAGGAUAGUGUUGAGCUUUCUGCAGGCUGUUCUGGCCAGAAUCAGGAGUAUGCAUCGACAGUUGUGCUGGGAACUUCAAAAGGAGAACAUGGACCUACUUGUGCAGUCUUCAUUAUCAGCUAAAGAGCGCCACCUUGCCGCAGUUGCUAGUGCGCUAUGGAGACAUUUCUUUUCGUUUCUGAAGAGUCACAGAAUGUCCCAGAAAGUGCCCCUCCCACAACUGGCAGAUGCAGCUGCAGAUUUUACUUUGUUAGCAAUGGACAUGCCCAGCACAGCCCCAUCAGAUCUUCAGCCUCAGCCAGUUACAUCACUAAUAAAACUUUUUGGCUGGGAUGAUAUCGUCUGGCCUCAAGUUGUAGCAAGAUACUUAAGUCAUUUCCUACAAAAUGGCAUGUUAUGUGAAGCACUUUCUCAUUCAGGCUGUGUAUCUUUUCAAGCCUUAACUGUGAGAUCAUGGAUCCGUUGCAUUUUGCAAAUGUAUGUAAAAAAUCUCCAUGUGCCUGAUGAGUUUUAUGUUGAUAUAAAUCCUGAACAGGCAGUUGAAAAGGAGUAUUUGGAACAGCUGGCUGAACUGACAAGGUUGCUAUUUAAACUCUCAGAAGUAAAGGAUAUUUUCUUAAAGGCUCACGUUGAAGAUUUGUCCAUCACAGAAGAUCCUAAAAAAGCACUUGUUCAAUUCUUCGAGGCUGUUGGUAUAACUUACGGGAAUCUGCAGACACUUUCUGAUAAAUCGGCCAUGGUCACAAAGUCUUUAGAAUACCUUGGUGAAAUACUAAAAUAUAUAAAACCUUAUUUGGGAAAAAAAGUGUCCACUGCAGGGCUGCAAUUGACUUAUAGGAUGAUGGGAAUUCUUGUUAAAUCAUGGGCACAGAUCUUUGCUACCUCGAAAGCCCAAAAAUUACUAUUCCGGAUCAUAGAUUGUUUACUGUUGCCACAUACAGUGUUACAGCAAGAGAAAGAGCUCCCUGCCCCCAUGUUGGCUGCGAUUCAGAAGAGUCUUCCUUUGUAUCUCCAGGGCAUGUGUAUCGUGUGUUGUCAGUCUCCAAACCCAAACACCUAUUUGAAUCAGUUGCUAGGAAAUGUUGUUGAGCAGUAUAUUGGGCGAUUUCUUCCAGCUUCACCACAUGUUUUAGGUCUUGGGCAACACCCUGUUCUGUUGGCCCUGAGAAACUCAGCCGCUGCUCCACCGACGUCAUCUCUAAAGAAAUGUAUUGUACAAGUCAUCAGGAAAUCCUACUUUGAGUGUAAAGGGUCCUUGCCCGCCUCUCGCCUGAUGUCCGCUCUGGCCUUCGUCCUCCAGCUCUUCCAGGAAACUACCGUCGGUGUUUCAGAGGUCGAACCCCUCCUUCCUGGUGUCUUAAAGUGCUUGGUGUUGGUCAGUGAGCCCCAAGUUAAGAGGCUGGCCACAGAGAACCUGCAGUACAUGGUAAAAGCCUGCCAAGUGGGGUCCGAACAGGAACCUGCCCCCCAGCUGACUUCUGUGUUUAGGCAUUUUAUCCAGGACUAUGGUAUGAGAUACAAUUAUCAGAUUUACAACAUUUUAGAAAUAGUAGCAGCAUUGAACCAGCAGGUUGUUAUCCACUUGAUUCCUACCCUCACUCAAUUUCUGAAGGAUUCAGAGCAGAAAUGGGGCCUUGGCAGAAAUAUUACACAAAGGGAAGCCUAUAGCAAACUUUUAUCUCACCUUGGACAAGUGGGACAAGAUGAGAUGCAGAGACUGGAAAAUGAUAAAACCUAACAUUUUGUGAUUCUUCAUCUAUAUUAAUUACAACUGUCUAAAGCCGCUUUGUGCCAUUUUGGCUCCUCCUUUUAAUUAAUUGUAUAAUAUUCUGUUAAAAAUACUUUCAAGGAUUUUUUUCCUUACAUACCUGUAAAUAUAAAUUAUAUAAAUAAGGAAAUAAAGGUUAAUUACAUAUGUCAUAGCCUUUCUGUAAUUUACCAAACUUCAUUCUAUUUCAAAGAGAUUUUAGUUAAACUAAAUCAAACUUUUCCUAACUGGGAGUAUUAUUUGUGUACGCCUGUUAAGCAGCUCUGUACUGGUUGAUCCAUGGACUUUUUACUGUAAUGUGACGUUCUGCCUUGUUAGUGAUUUGUUUUGUUUUUGUUUUUGUCUUACAAGUUAUGUUUUAAUAUGGUACUUUGUCAAAUUACACUGUGCUGGCUUCUUUUUUUAAGGGGGUGGGUGAUCAGGAGAUGGGACUGUAUGUAUUUGUUAUCCUUUAUUAUACUAUGUGUGAGGCAGGUUCAUGAAUAAAACUGUCACCAAGCGUACUUGACUCUGAGGAGUGGACUGGAUGUGGCUGAAUGAUCAUACAGAUAACACGUAAAAUUGUUUUAGACUUAAGCCAGCAGUGUUUAUGCUUAAGUUAACAACAGUGGCCAGAUGUUUUCUCUACUCAUCCUUUCUUUUGUAGUUGUCAUCAAAAGAUAUACCAGAAGAGGGCUAAACAAUCGCCUUUAAGAAAAGGGAAUAAAUAGUAAUAUCUGGAAAAUCUUAUGAUUACAAAUAACCAGAGGUCUAGAGGUCUGUCGAUUCAUCUCCUUGAUCUUCAGUUGAGCCUCUUAUAACUUCGCAUCUUCCAUGUUUGCAGGGAACUAGGCAAGUGUCCGUUGGCAGCCACGGUCUCAACCCAUUAGCUGUCUCAUCCAAAUUGAUUUUACCAGUUGGGCUCUUGUCCUUGCCUUCUUUUUGUGAUGAGCAUUACUGGGUAAAAAGAGUUGGAAUCCUAGUGUUGGGAAUCCACUUGAAUUUCAAACCCAGAGCCGCUUCCCCCAAGUCAACUGUCACUACUUCCAACAAAUUUAAUGAAUAAAAGCCCCUUUAAGGCACAUAAUAUUCUUCAGAGCACUGAGUUUCUCUUCAUUAUGAUAGUGAAUUAUUAAACUAAGAAUGUAUUACUUUGCUUAUUUCAGCAAUUGAAAUUUUAUCUUUUUAAGGUGGUGCCUUUAAAGAGGUUAUUUAUGAAAAUAUAUGCUUUUGAUUUUCCAACGGAGAUUGAUAAAGAUAACUUUGAAAAUCUUGCUUCUUAGAGUAUGAAACUAAAGGAUAAGAAAAGCUGGUGCUGAAUCAUGCAUUAAGGUCCUUGUUGAAUAGAUUUCUGAAGUGCUGGAGUCCAUUUUCCUGACUUGAUCAUGUGAAGUAAAUGACAUCCCUCACAGUGUCAUGUCCUAGACAGCACUGAUUACAAAAAGUGUACAAAGAAUGCUCCGAAGACCCAUGGGACAAUAAUGGGCCACUAAGUCGGCACUAAAUUACACCACAGUAAAAGUCAUACAGAUGGUAUUGUAUGUUGACACACAAAGAGAAGGGUGAUAGGAG